GUUGGGCUUGGCGUCAUGAACCGGAUGGAACGCGCUCCCGACACUUCAGGUGAAUGAGAGCUCUCACGGGAAAAGGAGCGGGACACGGUUCACUGCGCGUCGCGUUAAGUAGAAACAAUUGGGCAAAAAUAAAUAAAUUAAAAAACAACAACAACAACAACAAAAAAUGACUUGUCUUUCGUCGCUCGGGACGCAUGUUUUCAUGACAGCAUAUCUCCUCUUCCUGAUGGGAUGCGUUGCACAGAAAGUAUACUUUGACUGUGGUGCCAAGGUGGAUGUGGUGGAUGCACAAGGACUGAUACUAUCUCCUGGCUUCCCUUACAACUAUUCUUCUGGGACCCACUGUGUUUGGCAGUUCUUUGUGCCGGUAGAUUAUCAGCUUAUCCUUGAGAUAUUUGACUUUGACGUGUUUGAAAGCCAUGACUCUUCUGCACAGUACUCAGCCAUUUCGAAUUAUGAGGAUGAUGAUGAUGGAGAAGAUGAGGUGACUUAUGCCCCUAACAGGUUAUCAUUGGAUGAGCCUUCAACAGCAGAUAUUGAUCAGAUCGAUCAGAGUGUUGUCCCAAAGAUCCAGCAAUCUUCCCAAAACAGUGAGCUGGAGAAGGUGAUGGUCCACGAACAGUCCACAAAAAUUGAGAUAGCAAAAGUCUCAAACUCUGCCAAAAGAUCGAUAGAUCAUUCCUCUGGCCUUACAUUGCCGCCUACUGCUUCUCUUCUGCUUCCUGGAACCGUGUUGAAUACAGAUAAGGCUAUCAACACGGCCUCUGCUUCCCGUCUUAGGGCGCACCCUAGUUCCAUCCCAAGCAUGUCUAGUGUGUCCCCAGUUGCCUUCCCACAAUCCACUGACACUACUCCUGUGAGCCCUGAAACCCAGCAAUCAGGGUUUGACGCCUGCCCUCAUGACGUCCUCUAUAUCUCAGAUCUCAUCACCUUUUCCUCAAGGUUCUGCGGGUCAAACCGACCUCCUAGCAGCCAGUUGGUUUUUGGCUCUAGUCAGGAGAUGGUGGAGGUCAUCAUGGAGCUCAUCACUACCACUCAUUGGGGUCGUGGCUUUGCCCUCCUCUUCCACUACAACAAUUUGACCAAGCCAGACGGUGAACGGAGAAGCCUUGUUUCCACAUCUGCCAAGGUAGACUCUCUGCUGGCUGCUGUGAGUGGCGCUGCCUUCUUCGCUUUGAUACUUACCAGUGUCCUCUGCGUCAUAUUCAGACCCAAACUGUGUCUAAAGAGAGAGAGCUCCUGUGCAUCCACCAGCACUGAGGUGCCAGUGGGAGUUCAGAACACGAGGGUGGAGGUAAGUGAGCUGCAACCGAUGGCUGAGAGUCAGACCAACCAGGAGAUGGUCAGGAAUCAGGAAAACAAGGACAGCCCACCACACACAGUCAGUGCUGGUGGUGAUACUUCCCAGAAUACAGAAUUGGACCUUUCCUCCAGUGGUUUGGAAGAGCUUGAUUUUGGUCCAGAUGAGGUGUUCAUCAUAUCGUCUGCCCCCAGCCCACAUAGGCCAUCCUUCUCCCAACACACACAAAGGGAGAGGUUCCUGAGGCACAGUGACACUGGUCCCAGUCCUGUGGGUGACUGGCCCCCACCUGCCUCUACCCCCUCACUUUCUGGUCCCACAAGUGAUGGCUGUGUCCGACCAAGAGCGUGGAGCGUACGCACCUUCCAGGAAUUCCUCCCUCCACUGCCGCAGCUCCAUAAGAAGUGGUGCAGCUGGAACUCUACAAGUCCCUUCACCAAGCUAGUAGACAGCGCACCUCCCAGUGUGGUGUCUGACAACAGGAAGGUUUUCUCCGAUGUUCACCUGGCGGCCAGGAAUGACACAAGCACCAUUUCUGACUCUUCGAUCAGCAAUGCUUCAUAUCCACUUGCUCAGGCCGCCCAGAGGCAGCGGCGUCUGAACUCGACCAGCAAUUUGCGGCGCUCCCGCUUCACGGGGCCUUGCUUUGGUCUGCUCUCUGAGACUGCAGACCCAACCAAGACCACUGGUCUUAAUCAUGCCCAGAGCUCCCAACCAGAGUCCGUCUCUUCUUCCUCCAUCCACGGUGCCAUUGAGAGCAACCAGACAACAAAGAGGCAUGAUUUCCCAGGUGAGGGCGAUCACAUUAAUGUGCCUGUGUUUGCCAUCUCUGAGGAAGAGGACCGGCAACCUCUGGUCUCAGCUGAGCACCUGGGCCAAACCACUGGCACGGCCAUCCAGAAUGGACUGGUUCGGGGAACAUUUGACAGCAAAAGACCUGCCGGUGUAACCUCCAGCCUCAGCCCUCAGAAUCAGAGGGUCAGACUGGAGUGGAGGCCAUGGGGGAGUCCGGUGUUAGAAGGGGUUUGUUCAUUCCCUUCCAAUACACCCACUACCACGACUGAGUCAAACAGCAACAAUAACUGCCAGUUGCCUCACAGCCAGCCAACUGUGUUGUGCAGUAUGACAAACCACAUGUGACCAGGAAGAUGCUGAAAAGACUGGUGGGCCAGUGAAGCAUUCCUGAACUAUUGUUAGUGCCCCCUUUUUUAAUAUGUAACCUAUUUUAAUGGAAGAAAUCAACUUUUGCAAAUUGUUUGCUACGUUCUGGAAUAUAUUAUUCUCUUUCUGGAUGCUGCUCAACAUAUGCUGAGGUCCUACCUGCUGCGGUUGAAGGAAAACAAAGUAUUUUUGAGUGUACAUGAAAACCCCAACUUUUAGGAGCACUUUAUAAGACCAGAUUUGUGAAUUUGUUUUAUGCAUUUUGGUGAAUUAAUGUACGACAACCAUUACACUUCAGUAGCUUUCAGUAACUCAUGAAGUUUGGAUUUUUGUAUUAUGUACAUAGAGGUCUUGGACUCCACCCCCCCUCCAAUACUUGUUUCUCCAAAGUGUUCCACAAAGUAUAGGUCAUACAUUUAUUGCUUGUAAACAUACAGGGUAUACUUUUACUGGAUUAUGAAAGGGAAAUCAACAUACUGUAAAAUAUAUACUAAUGUAGGCUACAUCGAUAGAUGAAUGUAGUGGGGGGGGGGGGGGGAAGAAAUCACUAGUAUUUAUAAAAUGAGUUGACAUGAAUUAAUGAAGUUUAAAUAAAGGCUGUCAUUCUCAUGUUGAGUACUUAAUGUUUUAAACCCCAGUUUGGUGAUAGUGUACACUAAAGACUUGUGACAUACAUUUUGCAUGUCCAUAUUCCAGAAUCAGCCUUCAGCAAUGUCCCAAUAUUUCAAUAAUGGGAAAAGAAAUUGUGUUUAAACAUGAAAUGAAUCUACACAUCUCGUAUUUGAUGCAGAUGGUGAAAACUACAUAAUAAUGCAAAUAUGACAAAAGCAAGUCAGUCUCUGGAAAUAGUUCGUUUUUUUAAUGUUAUGUUAAAAAGACAAAUCAGAACCAGGUUGCAAACAAUCUUAUCUUUACCAAUACACUACAACAUGGGAAUAAUGCAAAACAUUUAUGUGCCCAUGUAUUCUAUUGGCAUCUAACUUGGGCUUGAUGGCAGUCUCCAGUCAUUCCUGGGAGGUGCUAUGAGGUACAGUGAACACAGCCUCUACCAUGCAAAUUGGUCAAAAGCUUUCCACACUGUGACUUCAGUGAGUAAAUAUUUGCAUUAGUAUACAAUAUACCUCCCGUCUUGGAGCAAAUGCAAAGUACUACAUCAAAGCCUCUUUAAUACCAAUUCCUGAUUGGAGCGGCUUGGUACUGUGUUGUUGGCUUAGAGAGCCCGGAUCUCCGGUGGGGAAUAAUUAAAACUCAGCCCUUCUGUCAGGGGAUCUACUGGACUUGUGCAGAGGGUCUGAGCUGCUAUGGAAUGCUAGAAUGGACCAUACAGCAUGACUCAGGGGGUAAAAUAAACAAAACUAAAUCUUAACGCCUUGAUGAAUUCAAACCCCGGGGCAGAAGAAAGACAAUUCACAACAA